CGCAGCACCGCUGUUUGUCGGCGCCUGGGAAGGGAGGAGGUACGGUCGCAGCCAAGACCGAGGCCGAGCCGGAGCUGACGAGACUUGACUGGGGCCCAGAACAAGGCUCUGGGCCCGCGCAGACCGUAGGGCCCCCGAGUGGAUGGAAUAAGCCGAGCCCUGAGAUCAACGCCAGCCCGGUCCGCUUGGCGCGGGGCCCACAGGGCAGGCAGGCCGGCAAGCAGACGUGCGGAAGCCUCCCAGGGCCUUCCCUCAGGUCCCCGGCGAGGGGCCUAGGCCCCGGGCCCGCGACCAGACCCAGCUCGGCCGUUUGGGACAGGAGCCGACGCGACCAGAAGUGGAGUCUUCACCGGGGCCAUAGGCCAGUGACUAGGCCGGGCCCGGGCCUCCCGUCGGGGCCGGACUGGGACGAGGCCCCGGGGAGGCCCCCCCUAACACACUAAACCCUUCUCUCAGGCCGACGCCCUUCGGGAAGAUGCAGCGCGCCCUACCGGGCGCCCGCCAGCACUUGGGGGCCAUCCUGGCCAGCGCCAGCGUGGUGGUAAAGACCCUGUGCGCGGCAGUACUCUUCCUCUACCUGCUGUCCUUCGCCGUGGACACGGGCUGCCUGGCGGUCACCCCAGGCUACCUCUUUCCGCCCAAUUUCUGGAUCUGGACCCUGGCCACCCAUGGGCUGAUGGAACAGCACGUGUGGGAUGUGGCCAUCAGCCUGGCCACAGUGGUGGUGGCUGGACGUUUGCUGGAGCCCCUCUGGGGAGCCUUGGAGCUGCUCAUCUUCUUCUCAGUGGUGAACGUGUCUGUGGGGCUGCUGGGGGCCUUCGCCUACCUCCUCACCUACAUGGCUUCCUUCAACUUGGUCUACCUUUUCACUAUCCGCAUCCACGGAGCCCUGGGCUUCCUAGGUGGCGUCCUGGUGGCACUCAAGCAAACCAUGGGGGACUGCGUGGUCCUGCGUGUGCCGCAGGUGCGCGUCAGCGUGGUGCCCAUGCUGCUGCUGGGGCUGCUGCUACUGUUGAGGCUGGCCACGCUGCUCCAGAGCCCAGCACUGGCCUCCUAUGGCUUUGGGCUGCUCUCCAGUUGGGUGUAUCUCCGCUUCUACCAGCGCCAUAGCCGAGGUCGAGGGGACAUGGCUGACCACUUUGCUUUUGCCACCUUCUUCCCUGAGAUCCUGCAGCCUGUGGUGGGGCUGUUGGCGAACUUGGUGCACAGUCUCCUGGUGAAGGUAAAGAUAUGCCAGAAGACAGUGAAGCGCUAUGAUGUAGGUGCCCCAUCUUCCAUCACCAUCAGCCUCCCAGGCACAGACCCUCAGGAUGCGGAGCGGAGAAGGCAACUGGCCCUAAAGGCCCUCAACGAGCGGCUGAAGAGAGUGGAGGACCAGUCCGUCUGGCCAAGCAUGGACGACGAUGAAGAGGAGGCAGGGGCCAAGGUGGAUAGCCUGCUACCCUCAGACAAGGCCCCCACACUCCCAGGAAAGGGGGCUGCCCCAGAAUCCAGCCUGAUCACCUUUGAGGCAGCUCCCCCGAAGCUGUAACUCCAGACCACCUUGAGUGUUGCACCUCCUCUCCCAAGCUCCCCCUGACACCUCUUGGCUACUCCAGGGCACCUGACCGCUCUGAGGAGAGGGAAGAAGGCCUGCUGGGGGUUUCCACAGCCUUCUGCUAUUUCUCGCCAACACUACCCGGGACUCUUGCUACCUGGUUCCAACUCCAGACAACCACUAUGCCAGGCAUGGGGCCUCUGAACCAUCAGCUAGCCCAGGCCAUCUGAGGUAAGACUGUACCUCAGCAGAUAACCCCAAGCAAGUGGCUACAGGGACACUGGUGCCACAGCCCCUGGGCCAACCCUUAUGCCUGAUACUGGUUGCCAAGAGCCCUGAGCCAAGGCAAGGAUUUGCCAAAAACGUUCUGGGGGUCCAGCCAGUGCAGGGCUGCAAUUCCCUGCCCACCCUCAGAAAGACUCUGUUCAUGUGAAGAUUUCCGAUUCCCUCUGCUGUGGCUAUGGUUGCUUCUGGGCCAGAAGAGCCACAGCUCCCAAGUAUUUUCUACAGGACCACUUGAGUGGGCAGCCAGGCCCAGCCUCGCAGUAUCAAUAAAGCAGUUCUUUGAGGUA